AUGACUUAUCUACUCAUCGCAAAGAACUUUGAGGAUAUCCACACUGAGCGGCCAACACACGGCGACCGAGAGACUCAAGGGUUCAAUCACGGGGCUUUGACUGCAUCAUCUCUGUCGUCGCAUGAGAACAACAGACACCGCGAACUCCACAUCUUCUACUGGGCAGUUUCUCCUCCCCGUGCUACAGCUGCCCACAGCCAUUACGACAGACCUUCCGUCAUGACAGAAAACAUCCCGAACGAAAUCCUAGAAGCUAUCUUGCAUCAGGCUGUCACAAUGUCGGCGAAUACAUUCGAGUCAUGGAGUACCCCAGCGGCUUUUGCAGGGAACACUCGCUCGACCGCGAUGAACGUCUUGCUGGUCUCCAAACGUUGGUGCGAACUCGCCAUACCUGCACUCUACGAGGCCGCCAUCUUGCGCACCAAAGCACAGGUGCGAGGGCUUGCUCGCUCGGUACACAAGACCAACGAGAGGGGCAUAAAGCGAGGCGCGUACCUCCGUCGUCUGCGUGUCGAAGGCGGGUACCACCACCACCUCCACCAAAUCCUUGGGGACUCUCCGGGUAUCGUCAGUUUAUUCCUCGGGUUCGACAUCUCUCUCGACGAUACCUCCGCCCGUUUCAAGCGCGCGCUGCAACGGAUAAAUCCCAUCUGCCUCUUCCUGCAAUCUACCCCCGGCGGGCAUGCGACCCAAGACAACACGCAGUCGUUGUACGCGGCGGUCGGCGGGGCGGUGACAAGCUGGACAAAUCUGACACAAAUCGUCGCCAGUCCGGAGUUCAUAUUCUGGAACCCUAUGGUGUUGCCGCUGAAAGACGUGCCCGCCCUGGGAAAAGUCAGCAUGACCACUUACACGGCCACGCACAACAUCCAAAGCAUCACCCUCGACUACGUGAUCAAGAAUCCUUCCGUCAAAGUGAUUCAGAUCCGAGAUGGCGUCAAAUGGUUGAACUGGAAGCUAAACAGACCCCCUUAUCCUCGCGAGAAGUUCGUCCUCGGGGAGGGAAACAAUAUGACGCCAUGGAUAGACCUUUCGAUACCGCACGCGAAUCAAUCGCCUCCCAAUGGUGCCCUCCUGGCGCUCCCAGAUGAUAUUUGGUCUCGGGUUCUCGGGUAUGCCACCCACGUGCACGGGUACAACUAUCUCGACAUGGACGGCGAGCUAGUGAGUCUAUCGGAACAGGAGCACGUUAAUGUGACGCGCCGGCACGUCGUGCUUGUUAGCAAGCGGUUCUAUCGCUUAGGUCUCCCACACCUUUACUCUUCUCCCCAUUUAUCGACCUACGAGGCGGCAUCCGCAUUCGCAGCUCAAGUUGAAUCGUUCCCCGAGCUUGCGAAGCUGGUUCGCGUGCUAUGUUUCCGGAGAGACGUCCCUGUUCCGGGUAUAUUAAAUAUCUCCGCUCCCCUCGUCAACCUCGUGCACGCAACGGACAUUCGUAUACACGUCUUAUUGGGCAUCCACGAGCGUAUCCCCGCCAAAGAGACGGCCUGGCUGGAGGACGCGGUGCAGUCCUUCCCUAGCACACUCUGCAUCGCACCUUCGCACUUCCGUAACUUCCCGCACUUGCGGAAGCUCGCCAUCCAAGGAGGACGUGGCGCAGACCUCGACGAUACGCACCACGAUGCACUGCCACAGCUCGAGUACUUGAAUCUGGUCAGCGCAGACCCAGAACUGUUUCAGCUUUUCGGUUCUAUGGGGCUGCCCCGCUUGCGCGAGCUUGCCUUCAGCACCGAACACGCCGAGGAUGUAUCUGCAUUCCUAGAAAUCCACGGUACGAAUCUGAACGUUCUUGCGCCGCAUGGGCAAAGCGGUGGCGAAUUCCCGCCUCUGCUGUCUCUCUGUCCCAACAUCACGGAGCUGCAGCUAUGCUCUGUCGAUUUGCCUGAGAACGUGCCGUUCGUCGCAGAAUCCGCACCACAUGCAGCCCUCAAAAGAGUAGUGUGUCCAUCGUUCAUAAUCGGCAUCCCGGGGAAGCCCCAAGAGGAGUGGAAACAAUGGAACGCCUUCGUCGGCUUCCUCAAAGUUUUCAGGCACAAGCUUCCUGCGCUGGAGGAGUUUCGCAUCUUCGACAUGAAAUGGCCCAUGCACGAUCGCGAAGCUUUCGUCGAGAUGCUCACGCCCUCUAGGUCUGCCUAUCACGUAUCUCGGUAUACGCAGCUCGCGCUAGACUUGCAUGAGCUGGACAUCGCGUUUGCGGAUAAGGACGGAACGCGAUGGACGAGGUUCGACCCGUUGCGUCUCUCGCUCAAACCUUUCAGGUAA